AUGGCGCCGGUGGUGUCGAAGCUGCAAGCGGAGACCAGGCUCGGGUCGCUUCCGCAGCGGGCUCUCGUCCAGUACCUGCGUCUCCUGCGGCUCUACCCGGUGCUCACCAAGGCGGCCACCAGUGGGUUUUUGUCAGUACUUGGAAACCUCCUGGCCCAGAUGAUUGAGAAGAACCGGAAAAAAGAAAAUUGCUUACAAAAUCUUGAUGCCAGUGGGCCUCUCAGAUAUGCCAUUUACGGGUUCUUCUUCACAGGGCCGCUGAGUCACUACUUCUACCUCUUCCUGGAACACUGGAUCCCCUCUGAGGUUCCCUUGGCAGGAGUCAAGAGGCUCCUUCUGGACCGCCUGGUCUUUGCCCCGGCCUUCCUGUUGUUGUUCUUCUUCGUCAUGAACUUUCUAGAGAGAAAAGACAUGGCCGCCUUUUCUACGAAGAUGAGUAAAAGUUUCUGGCCAGCACUGCAGAUGAACUGGAGAGUCUGGACACCAAUCCAGUUUAUCAACAUCAAUUACAUCCCCCUGCAGUUCCGGGUUCUGUUUGCCAACCUCGUGGCUCUGUUCUGGUAUGCCUAUCUGGCCUCCCUGGGCAGGUGA